AUGUUCUAUUCGGAGACGCUCCUACAGAAGAGCGGGCCUCUGGCACGCGUCUGGCUCUCGGCCAAUAUCGAGAGAAAGCUCUCCAAGAACUCGGUGCUGCAGUCCAAUGUUACCGACAGCGUCGAGGAGAUUAUCAAGCCCACGCACGCGCCCCUCGCGCUGCGUCUCAGUUCACAGCUCCUUCUCGGUGUCGUCAGGAUAUAUCAGCGCAAGACGCGCUACCUUUUGGAUGACUGCAAUGAAGCCAUGAUGAAGAUCAAGAUGGCCUUCCGGUCCUCAGGAAACAACGACAUGGCCGCCGGCCUGGCUGCCCCGAACCGUGAGGCCCUGCUCCUCCCCGACCGCAUCACACCCUACGACAACUUGGACCUGCCCCCGCCCCCGGACGCCUCGUGGCUCCUCGCUCAGCCCGAGGAUGUCACUGCCACCCCUGUCGGACGCAAGGGACGCGUCAGCAACCGCGACAUCAACCUCCAGGAAGACUUUGACAACAGCCACUUUCUCCAGAAUCCCAUCGAGGAGGAGACGCUUGGAAACAUGGAUGACCUGGAGCUCGACCUCGAUUUUGGCCUGGACGACACGACGGCCCUCGAAGUCGGUCGAGACGCCCCCGACGCCCGCCCCGUCGAGGACGACAUCCUCAGCGACUUCGGUGCCGGUCUGCGGCAGAAAGACCACGGUGAUAGGGAGGUGUCGCUGAACCCCGACUUUGGCGACGAGGGUCCGAGGAUUGCCGACAAUGACGGGGACAUCGCCAUGGGCGGCGACGACGACUUCGACUUCAACGCCGGCGACCAGUCUGCUGUCCCCCAGAUGACGGCUGCCCCCGAGCUCAACCGCGCGAGGAUUUCCGAGUCGCCCCUGUCCGACAUUGACGAGGCCUUUGCCCGCGAAGUGGAGGCCGACUACGCCAGCCACCGCCAGACGGACAUGUACGAGCCCGAAGACGAGACCGAGACGACGCUCGUCCGCCGCCCGGCCAACCGCGCCAAGAAGCAGAAGCUCCUGGUGCCCGACGACGAGACGACGCUGUCGAGCAACCACAUCAAGCAGCAGCAGGUGGACCACACCAACAUCAUCCGCGACACCACCUUCCUCCCCAGCGACCCCUUCCUGCUCACGCUGAUGGACCUGCAGAGGUCAGGCGGCUUCGUCUCGUCGGUCCUGAUGGACGGCCGCGGCAUGGGCUGGGCCCCGGAGCUGCGCGGCAUGCUCUCGCUCGACACGAUCCGCAGCAUGCACGAGCUGAAGCGGAAGCGCGACAGCGGCAUCGCCGACGUGGACAGCGAGCAGGGCAACGUCAAGUCGCCGCGCCUGGAGCUCGGCGACGAGGAGGAAGAGGACACCGUCAUCGCCCCCCCGGGCCUGGGCAACCAGAGCGUCGCCGGCGACGGCAGCCUGGUGCAGAUCCCCGCCGCCGACGACGGCGACGGUGACGACAACGAGGGCAGCGGCCUCCCCGGGUUCGACGAAGGCAACGAGCCCAGCGCCACGCUGCCGAGGGGCGAAGACGAGCCCGUGUCGCUGGGCACCAAGCAUGCCGUGCACGUCCUCCGCGACCUGUUUGGCGACGAGGCGGCGACGAGCGAGCGCAAGAGGAAGGAGAAGUCGGUCGUGUUCCAGGACCUCCUCCCCGAGAAGCGCGCGACCAAGGCCGAGGCGACCAAGAUGUUCUUCGAGUGCCUGGUCCUGGCGACGAAGGACGCCAUCAGGGUGGAGCAGGGCCCGGAUCUGGGCGCGCCCAUCCGCGUGCGCGGCAAGCCUGCCCUCUGGGGCAGCUGGGCCGAGCGCGAGGCCGGCGGCGAGAUUGCCAGCCAAGAGGAGGAUGAGGCUCAGGACGAUGCUCCCGAGCGCCCGGCCACGGCAGCUCAGCCGGUGGCCGUCGGUGCAUGA